AUGACACCGACGCUCACCAAAGCACUGGUAGUCAACGUUACAAACGCUUUAGUCGAUGGCAUACCGUUCCCCUACACUGUUGGCGGUGAUGUGUGCGAUAAUCAUACGUCAAGUCUAUGUCCACACAAAUCACGUGACAAAAGACCACACGAAGACAUCACCGCACAGACCACUCACCACAAUGAGUGGCAAUCAGUUUACGAUGAGUUUGGUUGCAUUCAAGAGCAAAGGCUGGUAGGCUAUGAUCGG